AUGUUUACUGUCUCCGUUCCGACCGUCUCCGUGGGCUCCAAUGUCUUCUUCGCCUUGGCCCUCUGCUCAAUCUCCGUCCUCGUGUUGCUACUAUUGCGCCGCUUUUUGACCAUCCGCGCCACUCCAGCGUACAUUAUCCUCCCUAUCUUCCUGGCUCUCGCCCUUCCUGCGAGCGUCGUUCUCCUAGUUCCCAUUGACUUGGCCUCAAGUUCACGAGAUGGUACUGGUAUCAAGGCAAUCUGGUUACCGGAUCGCGUGGUUCUGGUGUGCUGGCGCAUCGCGUACUGGCUGAUCUUCAUGCUGACAUGGGCUAUUCUGCCGCUCCUGGGCGAAUACGUCGAUUCUGGUUACCGCGAACCCAAGGCCCGCAUCGUCUACUCUCUCCGCAUGAACGCUCGAUACCAAUUGAUUGUUCUGACAUGUGCCACCGUGGGACUCAUCUAUGUCUCCAUCUCCAAUGGCUUUGAUUUCCUUACGAUCAAGGGUCUGGUGAUGGCUCUAGCCUACGUGUGGGGCCUUGUGCUCGCUAUUUACCUGAUGGGUCACGGCUUAGUUUCAAUUCCGCGCAACCUUUUGAGGAACUCUAACAUUAGUGGACGGCUGCGCCGCCUCCAGGCGCAUGCACCCAAGGUGCAUGAGCGCCUGAUGGACGCAGUUAAUGAAUUGGAGAGUCUCAAUUCACAGGUCACACAGUUGCAGCAGCGCAAGACUGGCACCGCCCGCGAUUUCCAGGAAUGGAUUGAAGAUCUUUCUGAGAAUCCCGGCUCCUCCGACGUGCGCGUCCCAAUUCUCGAGUCCGCCGAUUCAUCUGCCACCAUUCCAUCGGUUAUCACGGAGCGCUACUUAGCAGACCUGACAAGACGACUACAGCGCGCGCGACACAUGAAGGCACGGUUCGUGGAUGAAUGGGAUCGCCUAGUUCAAUCCGCUGCGGACAUGCAGACCAUCAUGAACUCGGCCGCAUCGAAGAAGCUCGAGUUCGCCCCAUCUCCGCGCCGGUCCUCGUGCCUUCCUAAGAUGAAAUUUUUGACCCCCUAUAUGCGUUACCAACUCUACUACAACAUUAUUCCUACUGUGAGACUCGUUCUUGGAGUCUUCUUCGCUGUAGCAUCCGUGUGCGUCGUCUGGUCAGAAUUGAUCAAGUCUAUGGCGCCCCAACUCUCCGCCGUGACUUUGACUGUGGUGCCUCGCUGGAAAGAUGAGAAGCCUCUUGGUUUCGGGAACCAGGUUAUCGCAUCUGCAUGGCUGCUUUACAUGUGUGCUGCAGCCCUGACAGGGGUCAAUGAUGUCCAGGUGUGGGGUAACCGGGCCCUCGUGCGCCGCAAUACCUACGGCGAGAGUGCAUGCUGGUACGCCAGUCUCGUUGCCCGAUUGACUGUUCCUAUCGCCUACAACUUCUUGACAUUCCUGCCUAAAGACUUUCGUCGGCGUACCACGUUCUACGAGUUUCUCGGCAAGCUGAUCAACCUGACGUAUCUCGGAACAGGGUUCGAUUACAUCUUCCCAAUCUUUAUUCUUUUACCCAUAUGUGCCACUCUGUUCAACCUCUACGGCCGAAUCAAGAACAUUUGCGGGUUUGGUCUCGCAGAGGACGAUGAAAUCCACGAUAUUGAGAACAAUCCCGCCGGAUACGGCAUGGGCGGCUGGCGUGAGGGCCGCGACUUGAUUGAGCGAGAGCUCAAUGGCUUCGGUUCAUUGGCUGUCUCUUCUCGUGGAGGCCGCUCCACCUGGGCUUCCGACCGAGAGGAAGGCGACUCCCGGGGAUCGUCUCGACUGCGGGUCCCGGCCGCUGAGGGUUCCCGGUCUCCUCGAGCCGCUCAAGCCCCAAGGCCCGUGACGGCUCCUACCGUGGUUGACGGUGAGGAUGAAGACGUGAACUUUUUCCAGUCUUUCGCCCACCGUGUGCGCAACACCUUUGAAACUACCAACACGCCGCAAUGGUUCAAUGGUGGUGAGCCCCUUCGCUUACCUCGCUGGAUGUCUGGGGACAACACCACCACUGAAGACGGCGGUAUCAACCGGUUGUUUGGAGGCCGGGCUGUGCCUGGUCGAUUGCGCCUAGGCUAG